AUGGCGCAGGAAUUCGUCCAGGCUAAAAUCAAAGGAGACAAAGUAGUCUUGUUUAUUAAGCCAACAUGCCCGUACUGUAUCACAGCCAAUGAUGUUUUGUCCAAAUACAAGUUCAAGCCAGGACAUCUGGAGUGUAUUGACAUCAGUGCGCGACAAGACAUGAGCAGCAUGCAGGACUACUUCCUGGAACUCACCGGCGCCCGCACCGUCCCAAGAGUGUUCAUCGGAGAGGAUUGUAUUGGCGGUGGCAGUGACGUGGCGGCUCUGCAUAAGAGUGGGAAACUGGAGGGAAUGCUGCAAUCCAUCGGGGCUCUGCAGUGA